UGUUAAUGCCUAAACCACAAAGAACAUUUUUAAAGAAUGCUGACAGCCCUCAAGACCUCAUUUCUUUGAUCUGCAGCCAGCAAGGCAGCACAUAGCUCAAAAUGCACUGCAACUUCAGUGGGGAUGUUUUGAACGGUGUUCUCCCUCCACUGUUGAUAACAGAGUUUGUUUUUGGGAUCCUUGGAAAUGGUUUGGCUCUCUGGGUUUUCUGCUUCCACCUGAGACCCUGGAAGAGCAGCACGGUGUUACUCUUCAACCUGGCCAUGGCUGAUUUUCUGCUCAAUAUGGUUUUGCCUUUCCGUGCCCACUACUACAUCUCAGGGAUCAAGUGGAGGUUUGGGAGCGCUUUCUGCAACAUCUGCCUCUUCUUUUUAGCGAUGAAUCGUACUGGAAGCAUCUUCUUCUUGAUGGCUAUUGCUCUGGACAGGUACAUGCGUGUGGUGCAUCCCCAUCAUGCCAUCAACACUUUGAGUGUCUCCAAAGCCAUGUGUGGUGCACUUGGACUGUGGUUGCUCACCAUCUCAAUGACAGGUCAUAUCUUCUCUUUGGACCACAGCAACACAUCCUACUGUGAGAGCUUCAUGGUUAACACUGAACCCACAGCAAAUCUGUCCUGGCACAAGUUUGUGUUUGUCUUUUCCUUCAUUGUGCCUGUGCUUGUGAUUCUCUACUGCACAGCCUGUGUUAUCGGGCAGCUGAGAGGGAGACAGUUGGCUCAGCAUGCAAAGAUUAAGAAAGCUCUGUGCUUCAUGAUAGUAGUGGCGAUACUCUUCAUCAUAUGCUUCCUCCCGAGCACCAUCACACAGUUGCUGAUUUGGACAAAGACCAGAAGAUUAGCCAGCACCCUCCGUCCAGCUGAAGUCUGCCCUGCCUUGGAAAACAUGACCACCGCCUUUUACAUCACCAUUAGCCUGACCUAUCUCAACAGCAUGCUGGAUCCUGUGGUCUACUACUUUUCCAGCCCUACCUUCAAGAACAUCUGCAGGAAAGCUCUUCAUCUGUCCCAAGCAGAUACUGCUGAAAGUACAGAGAAGAAAACUCGAGAAACAGCCUCCCAGUCCAUCAGCCAGCUGUGAUCACAUGGCUAAGAUCUGUGCGCCUUAAAAUAGUUUGUAAGUGCCGCAGCUAACAAUAUAUCAUGUUUACUGCUACAGUAGUUAUAUAAAAAAAAGAAGAAGCAAUAUUUGCCUUUGCAAAAGCUGUAUAUUUUUACCUCUAUAAUGACAGCACUUUUUAAAAAUACGUUUUUGCAAAGCUGGGACUAUAUGUGUAAUAUCUAUAAUGUACAAUUUAUACAGACAAAAAAAACUCAACUCUUUAAAUAUAUAGUAAUUAUGAGAAAAUGAUAUGAUAAUUAUGUGGAAAAAUAUGACAAGGUGGCACAUAAUGUCUGAUAGCUUUCUCAUAUCGGGUGAUGUAUGAUCAUAAAGACGCAGAGUUAUGUUUAUAAGAUAAAUGUUUUUUCCUUUCUCAAUUCAAUGUCUUUGCUGCUGGAACAAGUAAUAAAGUUUUUUAUGUUCAACACAGAGCUGUGGCAUGUUUUCCUGAGUUAUUUCACUUCCAGGUAACAAGAAAUGCGUACGAUCUCUUCUACAUAUACAGUACAAAGAAGA